UUUGCAAUUAUUCUGACUGAUGAAAAAUUUAUCUUUUAGCGUGAUAAACCUGCAUAGAGGAUUUAAACCGAGAUUUAAAUUUGAUGCGUAUGCUAAACUUGACUUAAUUAAUUUUUUUACGUGUAACAAUCAUUAAUGUAUUUUUUCAAAAUAUCAAAACUAAAUUGAAUAAGUUUAUCACUAUGGCAAAGUUUUCGAAGCUGCUUUUCAUUUAGCCGGUUUUUCAAAUUUUGAUUCGAAUCAAUGAGGAGGUGAACUGGCAGUACAUACGUAAUAAAACAUAGUUAAAACUAUAUUUUAUACCUAUUAUUUUAUAUUUACUAGCACAUAGAGCAUAAAUAUAAAGCACAAUCAACAGAACAUACAAAGCUGCUUAUUUGCCGUAAUGAAUUUGUUUCCGUUAUUACUUUAAUUUGUUUUGAAUCAGAGCGAAAGUAUGAUUUUUCUCUUUUUCAUCAGUUUUUUUUUAUCAAAUUUCUCAGUAAAUUGUGUUUUGCAAGAAAUUCGUGUCGGUAUCCUUAUUUCUUGGACAUCAAAAGAUGUUUCAGCUCAGAGAGUUGCAGGAGUGAUUUCUAGGGUUAUUGAUGAUAUCAAUAAUAGUGAUGAAAUUUUGAAUGGAACAAAAAUUACGUAUAUACAAGCAGAUCCCUCAUGCAAUGAUCGUGAUGGCCUAGGCGCAAGUGUGACUCUUUUUAAUAAAAAUGUAAAUGUAUUUAUAGGACCGCCCUGUAGCGAAUCGUGUUUGUCAAGUGGUCUUUUAUCUAGCUAUGAAAAAAUACCUAUGAUAUCUUAUGGAUGCUCCUCGAAUCUUCUUUCCAAUAAAACUAACUAUCCUUAUUUUGCAAGGACAAAACCGUUUGCCAGAACAAGUAUCACAUACACGCCAAAAACAUUUUUACAACUUUUGUUAUUUUUCAACUGGAAAACCGUUUGUUUAAUUGAAAGCACCUCUAGUAUUUACAGCCCUAUGUCGCAAAAAAUCUAUAACGAGUUAAAAGUUAACGGCAACAUAACUGUGGUGUAUGAUAGCUACUAUCCAGAUUAUAUUGAUUACGAAGGCAAAAAAAAUAUUUUGGUUUCUUUGCAAAGCAAAUGCCGAAUAUUUAUCUUCAUUACCAGUCGGCGUGAUGUUAUUGAUUUUAUGGUGCAUGCCUGGAAAUUAAAAUGGAUGCAAAAUAAUGAAUAUGCAUUUUUGCAUUUGGAUUUUGACUUUGAAUUCAACAGUUGGACUGAUGAUAGGAUUGCUCAAUGGGGUUUAUCUAAAGAUUUUGUUCUAAACAAAGUGCUUGAGGGAUUAAUAUCGGUAUCAAAUAGUGGACCAAAUGUUUCUGAUAUUAAAUAUAGUUAUUUUGUACAAGAUGUUGUUCAGAGACUUCAAAAAGAUUUUCUUGUAAAUACUUCAGUAAACAAUAUUUUAACAUCUGCAGGAUAUUUAUAUGAUGCUACCAUGCUGUAUGCAAGAGCUGUUGAUGCCAUGUUUAAGAAAAAUAGCAGUGCCUCUAUUAAUGAUGCUCAACAAGUAUUUGAAUUUAUGAAAAUAACAAGCUUUGAAGGUAUAAAUAUUAUGGAUUCACUUAGAAAUACCUCUUCAGUGAUUUUACCUAAAAUACCGGACAAUGAUGCUCCAGUUGAGUAUAUUAAUCUAAUGAAGAGUUGCUGGAAUGUAGUUCAAUCAAUGCGACCAAAUACCAGAGAUAUUAUAAAGUCUAUUUUGAAAUUGGAAAAACAGAGCGGAAUAAAAGGAAGUUUGGUGGAUCAUAUGAUGACAAUGAUGGAGAAAUACACAGACAAUUUAGAAAAAUUAGUUUCUGAACGAACUGAUGAACUAGAGCAAGAAAAAAUUAAAACCGAAAAUCUUCUUUAUAAAAUGCUACCUAAAACUGUUGCUAACAAGUUAAAAGAAGGUGAUCCUGUUCUUGCAGAAAGUUUUAGUUCUGUUACAAUAUUCUUUUCUGACAUAGUUGGCUUUACAAGCAUAUGUUCAGAAAGUACUCCUCUUGAAGUUGUAGAAAUGUUAAAUGACUUAUAUGUUUGCUUUGACAAAUGCAUUGAUAUGUAUGAUGUGUACAAGGUUGAAACAAUUGGUGAUGCAUACAUGGUUGUUAGCGGUAUUCCUAACCGCAAUGGUGACAGACAUGUUGAAGAAAUUGCUACAAUGUCUUUAGAUCUGUUAAGUUGUGUCAAAAAUUUUAAAAUUCGUCAUCGACCUGACACUCAGAUGCAGUUAAGAGUUGGUAUGCAUACAGGUCCUUGUGUUGCUGGUGUUGUUGGUUUGAAAAUGCCUCGAUAUUGUUUAUUUGGAGAUACGGUUAAUUAUGCCUCUCGCAUGGAGUCUAGCGGGCUUGCAUUGCGUAUACAUGUUAGUCCAGAAUCUCAUAAAAUUCUUGAUCAGUUAGGGACCUACAAGCUUGAAAAAAGAGGUCCUGUAGAGAUGAAGGGCAAAGGAGUAAUCGAGACCUACUUUUUAACCGGGAAACAAGGAUUUAAUAAAGAAUUACCCGACUUAAGUCUUGCGGCUAGUCUGGAGAGUCAUCAUUUUAAAUGAUAAUGCCUCGCUUAUUUGAUACAUCUAAAAGAAGAUAUUGUUUUAAAUUGGCGCUGAAAUUGAUAAAAUGAUUUUUGAGAUACAAAUUUCCCACAAAAGAGAAACUCUAGUUUUUCAAUCUUUUUAUAGUAACUAAAACGUAUCUACGCAUAAACUUCCCCUAAAGAGAAACUCUAGUUGGUAUUUCAAUCUUUUUAUAGUAACUAAAACGUAUCUACGCAUAAACUUCUGUUAUCAAAACAGUUAUAAAAACAAACGUUUAUCGUUCAACAAUUAUAUAGCUCAUAAAUGUGGAAAUAAUGGUUAAAUACUGUUUUUUACUACUAUUUUAUAUAUUUUUUGUAAAAUAUAUGUAAGAUAUUAUUUAUAAAUACAUAAAACAUAAAAA